GCUUUUGGUUUUCAAUUGUUCGCGAGCAACUAGUAUCAAGAUUGUCUCUGGGCAUGUGCCUACAAAUUACUCGUCUUCGACGCCCGUUGAACCAUCCUGGCCUCUUUCUUUAUUCUUCUCCUCCUUCUCUUUCGUCUUUCCUCCCCCCUACCUCCUCCCUUUUUUCCUCCCCUUUCAUUCAUCUGGGCUGGUUGAGGAAGCUGUGUCUUCCCCGACAUUCGUUUUGGCUUCCUCGCUCUUUGGAAUUCCUACCAGCCCAUUACUCCUCAUCACCUCCACCUCCUCCCCUCCCCUGCUCUCCCCGCUUAUAAAAAGUAUCCUCACAAGAUUCGGUUCGCAAUUGACACUUACAGUGCCAGUUGAAUCGAACUCUGCGGAAAAUCUCCCCCCCAAAGAAAAGACGACAUCAAAAAAAAAAAAAAAAACCAAUUACAAAGAAGGAACUAAGAACAAAGAAUAAUUGCGGCGUGGCUAUUGGACGCUAUGGCAUUUCCAUUCCUGCGCGCCUUCGUCGCACUGUUCUGCUACCGCUACUUCCGUCUCGUGAACCCCAAACUCACCUCCCAAGAUGUGACAGUAAUCAUUCCCACGCUGGAAGGCUGCGGCGACGAACUGGUCGAGACGAUUCGAUCAUGUCUGGAAAACCAACCCUACGAAAUCCUCCUGGUCACUAUCGAGGCCAAUCGCAAGCGCGCCGAGAAGAUGCUGAGUGCAAUGCCCGCCUCUCAGUCGCGAAUUCGCUUAUUCACCGUCACCCACCCGAACAAGCGCCGCCAGAUGACCCGGGCCAUUCCCGAGGUUCGUACCUCCAUUACCCUCCUGGUCGACGACGACGUGAGCUGGCCCUCAACCGUGUUGCCAUGGAUUCUGGCCCCCUUUGAAAAGGAUGAGCGGUACGGUGGUGUGGUGACCUGCCAGCGAUUGCGCCGAGCCGUCUCGCCCACCCUCUCUCAGCGUGUCUGGGGAUUCUUGGGCGCUUUGUAUUUAGAGCGACGCAACUUUGACUGUGGAGCCACUACGAACAUUGACGGGGGACUGCCGUGCAUGUCCGGCCGUACUGUGGCAUAUCGCACCAAGAUUCUCCAGAAUGAGGGCUUCACCUACGCGUUUACCAACGAGGAGUGGUGGUGGGGCAAGUAUCAGCUCAAUGCUGAUGACGACAACUUCAUCACCCGCUGGAUGGUCUCGCAUGGCUGGGAGACUUAUAUGCAGUACCACCCCGAGGCCGAGGUGCUCACCACGUUAGAGGAUAACCCCCGAUUCCUGAAGCAAUGUGCGCGCUGGUCCCGCAGCAACUGGCGCAGCAAUCUCACCAGCAUGUUCCACGAGAAGCAUAUCUGGUAUCGCCAGCCAUGGAGUGCCUAUGCAGUACACUUGACCACCUUGUCACCUCCAGCGCUACUCGGCGACUUGCUCCUUGUUUGGCUGUGCCACAAGGCUAGUGUGGGUUGGGGCGAGGUCUCGCACGAUCGCGCCAUGACCUCGCUGUAUCUGUGGAUGUUUACGAGCAAGUGGAUUAAAUUGCUGGGUCACUAUAUCCGCUAUCCGGUUGAUGUGUUCCUACUACCCGUGUCGGUUUUGUUCGGGUAUUUCCACGGAGCCAUUAAGAUGUACGCCGUGAUGACUCUGAAUGUGACGACAUGGGGUAGCCGUGACGGCGCCGAUGAUUAUGACGCCGAGCGUAUGAAGAAACUCACAGAUGCCGAUCGCAUGAAACAGCCCUACUACCCCAGCUACCUCACCAAAUAAGCAACCGUCUCGCUUGCGCAACGCCUGCCGGAGACCAUUUCGGUCUCUCUCCGUCUAGACCAGAUCGGAUUGGACCAUGCUUGCGACUUUCCUCUCUACCUCUACUCUCUCCUGCACGGGCGAAGAUGGCUAACAUGUGCUGCUGCAUUUCCGGAUGCCAGAGCACCAUGCACGCUAUAUUUCCCCCGCUGAAAUCGAGGGACUCGGAUCAUGAUUGAGGUCUGGGUCCUUCCUCUUGUCGAGUCGCAUGCAUGACGGACUCCGGCUGGUAGUGGCUCAGCGCAUCUCUUUUAUCUCCUUCUAACCCGGAGAAGAAGAUCCUGGUAUAUAUGUACUGGCACGUCCUGCACAGUACUUUCAGGCUAUACUUACUCGGGUUUCCCUCUCUGUGUCUUUUGUCUCUUACGAUGAAAUGCCGUGACGACCAUUGUUUCGACCAUGUCCGACUUGAUGUUUUGUGUCUCGGUCCGCGAUUCUAGAUGCGUCCUGCGCUUUGCCUUGAAUUUCGUUUUCUCAUUUGCUCUAUUUUUUUCGAUCUUCAUUUUCAUUUUCUCUUUUCAUUUGUCCACUGACCUGGUGUUGCAAAUUUUUUGCAGCCCUGCAUGGAUCGAGGGAGAGCGAUAGUCUCCGUGGACCCUGGUUUUUGCAGCUCUCUCCCCAAGUCCCCAUAAAUGGGCAUUGGUGGGCUCCAAGAACCUGGCGACUGGCAACUCUGCCAAUCCGACGAGACGCUGUCUUUCCUCCUCUCCGCUCGAAUCCAGCUUUGUGAGAUCCGACAGAACGUGAUGCGUGGUAGUACGACCUUAUUUCACGUCCCACUGCUGUUUUGACUUUUUCUUUCUUCUCUGCCCUCUUCUUUGCGCAUGAUUGGUUUCCAAAACAAGAAAGGGUGGCCAGCCUCAAGAUUUGAAGGCUUCUUUUUUAUUUUGUGUUCCUCUUUCUUCGUCAUCUUCUCUUCCUCUUUUUUCUUUCUUCGCUUCUUGUGUAAAUUACAAAAGCAUGGGCGGAUUUCGUCGUUUUGCACUUGUUCUCGCGUGCUCUGCAUCUCGAUGUACUGUUCAGCUGGUUUGAUUCCCCUCAGCCGUUUUUUUUUUUUUUUCUCUUCGCUUCUUCUUCUGCUUCUUCUUCUGCUUCUUUAUUUGUUUUCUGGGAUGCGAAUUGCGAAUUGCAAUACUUUGAUUUCGAGUUUCUCUUCCUUACUUUUCUUGGGAAAAUGAAGGGCUCUAGAUGCAGGGUGGGAGGUUAAUAUGAUUCUCGCUUUUUUUCA